UUAGAAUGUUUUACUCUGAACUGCGCAUUCGCACUGUUCAGUGUACAAAUAAACCGUAGAUUACUACAGUACAAUGUUGCUAUUCCAAAUCAUCUCAUGUCCAUGGUUUUUGAUAAGUUUCCUCGUGCCGUGUUAUGGCAGCCUGCAACUGGGCUUUUCUAAACUUCAGCGAGGACACAGACUGGACAGGAAACUGAUCCAAUCCUUCCCAGAACUCAGUUUCUUGGACUGUGUGAUAGAAUGUCUAGUAACACCACGAUGUAAAUCUGUCAACUAUUUCAAAGGGGCUAAUUUCUGUGAAAUCAAUUACGAAAAUAAGACGACAGCAGAGACUAGGUACAUGGAGAGUGCUGGAUGGGUGUACAGUGAAAAGGAGCAUUGGCCUAAGGAGCUGGCUGGAGCUUGUUCGAACUCAACGUGUGAAAUCAACCAGACAUGUAAACACAAGAGAUAUUCCGAGGAUACAUUCUUUGAAUGUGUCUUGUCAGAUUGUGGAAUACCCGAUCAAAAGGAAAUAGAUCUGAAUACAACACGACGUGAGGACGCAAUUGGUAUACACAGGAGGAUACACGCCUCAUGUUUUGACGGAUACUCCCAGUCUGGUUCAGGAUGGCUGAUCUGUCAGUCAAACGGAGAGUGGAAAUACGACAUUGUCUGUACAGGUGAAUAUGGGCGCGCUUGA